GCGCCUUUGCGGGGCAGGAAAGAUCGGGGAGGGGAUUGAUGAUCAACACGCUUUAGUCCGGGCACGGGUCAAUUAACUAAGUGGCAUGCGCGUCACGUUCUCGCCUCCCAUGAUUAGGACGAUGCUUAUAGCGAGGUGGUGGUACAAGUAGAGGCUCCCGGGGUCGCUUGGGGUGGUGGUAGGCAGCUGGAGACUGCGGAAUUGUUGGCGGCCGCGCUCCCGUGUCCGAUAGGAACCCCUUUUCUCCUGGCAUUAUCCGCUGAGGAGUCUGAGAUAAUAGGAGAUUUGGAGGUCACUAGAUUGAUUGAUUGGGUUGAUCGAUAAGGGUGUGCGUGCGUGCGUGCGUGCGUGCGUGCUCGCCGGCCAUGGGUUCUUGCGUGUCGACGACGCGGCGGCGGCGGAGGUCCUCCAGGAAGCUGUCGGUCACGGCGACCAGGUUCCGCCGGAAGGUGUCCGACGCGAUCGCCGGCGACGCGGCCGGCCGCUUCGCCGCGCGCCACGGGGUCGUGCACGUCGACGGCGCGCCGCCGGCCUCGGGCGUGACCCUCCACCUCACGCAGCUGCAGUGGCAGCACAGCCAGAUGGACGCAGGAAAUGUGAUCUGCGACGAGGCGUGGUACGAUUCCGUCAGCAUGCUGGGGGACUCGGCCGGCUCCGACGACGACGACAACGAUUACUCCAGCGUCAGUGAAGAUCCUCUCCCGGAUGACGUCGCCGGCGGCACGAGCGCGUCGCCGUGCAAGGACGCGGCGUGCUUGGCGGACGCCGUGCACCGCCUCCGGAGCAUCGCCGACGCGGAGGCGUGCCAGGGCGACCCCCCGGAGAAAGGCGAGGACCCCGACGCUGCUCCUGCUCCUGGUCAUGCCGCUGCCGGUGGCCUGAAAGAACCGCAGAGCGCGGCGUCCUGCUCGCCUCGGCCUCUCCCGGGCUCGGUCCCGAGCCACAAGGUGCAGCCGAUGCCGGUCGCCGGGUUCAGCCCGCACCACCAGAGGAAGAAAUCGGCCGUCGUCAGGCUCUCCUUCCGGAGGAGGUCGUACGAGGGCGAUGAGAUGACCGAAAUGACUGGCUCGGCCAAGUACCUGUACCGGCCGAGAGCGGGCCUGACGCUGCCGUGUGCGGCCGGCGAGAAGCCGUCGGAGGGCUGCUGGUCGGCCCUCGAGCCGUCGGCGUUCAGGGUCAGAGGGGAGGGCUUCUUCAGAGACAAGAGGAAAUCCCCAGCCCCAAACUGCUCCCCCUACACCCCGAUCGGAGCUGACAUGUUUGCCUGCCCAAGGAAGGUGCACCACAUCGCGCAGCACAUCGCGCUCCCGUCGCUCAAGCCCCACGACGCCUUCCCCUCGCUCCUCAUUGUCAACAUUCAGUUGCCUACCUACCCUACUAGCAUGUUCGGCGAGAACGACGGCGAUGGCGUUAGCCUGGUCCUGUAUUUCAAGAUAUCCGAUGGCUUCGACAAGGAGAUCUCUCCUCAGCUCCAGGACAGCAUCAAGAGUGUUAUGAACGAGGAAAUGGAGAAGGUCAAGGGGUUCCCGGUGGACAGCAACGUGCCCUACACAGAGAGGUUCAAAAUCCUGGCCGGCAUUGUAAACCCUGAAGACCUGCAGCUCAGCGCGGCCGAGAGGAGGCUUGUGCAGACCUACAACCAGAAGCCGGUGCUGUCUAGGCCCCAGCACAAAUUCUACAAGGGCUCGAACUACUUCGAGAUCGACAUCGACGUGCACCGGUUCAGCUACAUAUCGCGGAAGGGCCUCGAGACCUUCCGAGAGCGGCUGAAACAUGGUGUCAUUGAUCUUGGGCUGACCAUUCAGGCGCAGAAGGCCGAGGAGCUACCUGAGCAUGUGUUGUGCUGCAUGAGGCUGAACAAGUUGGAUUUUGCGGACAACGGGCAAAUACCGACGCUCAUAACGUCCAGCGAUGAAUGAAGCUGGGAAAUGUACUGACUUCGAGAGUGUGAGAGAGACAAGUUGUAUAUAUCGGGAGAUAGAUUAGGAACUAACACAAAUUUGUUCAGUAACACUCUAUUGAUGGUGCAGAUAAUUGUUAUUUGCCCCCCUUCCCCUCCCGGAUUGGCAAUUGGAGCAAUUCUGCUGUCUAAAGUUGUUCAGAUGUUCGAA